AGGCUUACAUAGAAAAAAGCAGACACCUGGAAAGAGUUGAAGAGGAGCUGAGAGCGAUGAGAAUGAAGUUGGACAGACUCGACCCUCACGCUCAGUUGUUGGACAGAGACGAACCAGAUCCCUUUUAAUAGCUAAGAAAUAGACAGUGAGACAGAAUGGAGGAUCUGGCAGAGUAUCACGGGCGCAUCAGCAAAAGGCAAGCAGAAGAGAUCCUGAACGAAGCGGGCAGAGAUGGCAGCUAUCUGAUCAGAGACAGCGCGAGCGCAGCGGGGUCUUACUGCGUGUGUGUGCUGUGUGAUGGAUGGGUUUACACCUACAGAGUUUUCAAACAAAAGGAUGGCCUCUGGACAAUAGAGGUGGCUCCUGGGAUGAAGGAAAGGCUCUUUAGAAACGUCGGCAACCUUAUUGAUGCCUUCAAGAUCCCAGACCAAGGCAUCUAUGUUCCUCUUUUGUAUCCUGUAAACAGAGCUAAAUAAUAACACACAAGCCAAAACAAACACCUUAGGAAAGUUUCUUAAAAACUGUGGAAAUGCUGUAAAUGCUGUAAAUUGUAAAAAUGUUGAAAAGUAUAUUUAAGUGUAUUAGAUUAUUGAUCUGAAGCAAUAUGGUUGCUACAUUUAUAAUCAUAUAAAUACAGAAGUAGCUGCAAAUAAUCUACGAGAUAUAAAAACUAUAAACGCUCUGCUAGAAUAUAUUGGCCACCCCCUUCUGCAUUACACACUGUAUCUCAUGUUAGCUAUACAUUCUGGAAUCCUCACCUCAGAUAGUAUCAGCAACACAGAUACUACUACAUGAGAGAAGUAGGCCUUGAACAAAAUGUCAGAUCUUUUCUGAGCUUGAUUGCUAUCUUGUUUUCAGUCUGGUAAUGAGGGUUUGCUUACCAAAUGUUGCUGUGUAAAACUUGUUUUAGAAAAUUCUAUUUCUGGAGAUUGAACAGGAAAUAACUGUGCUGUGUUCACAUUUUCUCAUUAAACUUCAUUGAGCGUCACAAUUCCUGCAAUAAUACCAUC